AAGGGGGCAAUGCCCAUUCAGAUCUGACUUGUGCCCCCUCUAUUUCAUUUUUGUAUUCAUGGUUAAAAAUAAAAUGUUCAACCUUUUGAGCUAAAUAAUAAUUUAACAUUAUGCCCAUGGGAUUUAGAAUGUUCAGUGUUGUAACCACUGAUCUAUAAUAUAGAAUAUAUAUAUAUAUAUAUAUAGAUCAGUGGUUGUAACUCGUGACAUUACUGCCAGAUUCAAACGUCUUUCGCGUUGGUUGGCGCUGAGCCAGAUACGGAAGAGCUCAACGCUGUCAUAUAUCACAACUAAGCAGGGUUUUUAACAUCAUAAUGUUUAUUUUAGAUUUCAUACAUUUAAAUAGGCUACACAUAAGCACUGGUAAAACAAUAGCCUACAUUUGGAGUCUGUGAAAGCAGCAAAAACAAUCUAUUCCAAUAUAAUUUGCCAACGUGUUUUUCAUAUCAGAUAAACACAGUGGAAGUAACGUUAAGCUAACUAUAAAGUUUACUCUAUUGUUAUAAAGAUUUUUAAACGACCAAACACACUCACUUACACAUAUUUGAGAAUCGAAAUAUUGGAUAGUUGAUGACAUGGUAAGUACGUUUGUGAAUAUUUCAAAUAAAAAAGGAAAAAUGAAAUAAAGGAUAGCUUACAUCUGUUAUACAGUGUUAUUAUUGUUGCUGUGCGGUGUUUCACGUGACAAAUAUGACGCGUUGCCAUGGAAACAUUAAGGGGGGACGUUCUAAUGGGGAAGUCGUGGCCUAAUGGUUAGAGGGUUGGACUCCCAAUUGAAGGGUUGUGAGUUCUAGUCUCGGGCCGGACGGAAUUGUGGGUGGGGGUAGUGCAUGAACAGCUCUCUCUCCACCUUCAAUACCAUGACUUAGGUGCCCUUGAGCAAGGCAUCGAACCCCCAACUGCUCCCCGGGCGCCGCAGCAUAAAUGGGUGCCCACUGCUCCAGGUGUAAUCCUUCUGGAGCCACAAGAACUUUAAGCCAAGUCAAAAUGAAACACAAAAACAUUCUGCAAAAAGCUAACAGAAAGAAGACUGAAGCCCGUCUAACUGGCGGGGGGCCACCACCACCUCCCCUCACCCCAUCUGAGGAGCUGGCUCUGUCCCUUAAUAAAGGGCGACCAGUGGUUGCUGGCAUUCCAGGGGGCAGUUCAUCACACAUACUAUGCACCACACGUGAUGGUGAAAAAAGGGUGACAUAUACUGAUGGACGGAUUGUAUUAUUGGACUCUCCAGAAAGAACACAGUCUGUCACAGUUGAUGAAGAUGAUGAUGACGAUGAAGAGACCACAUCUGCUGUGACAGAAGUGGACAAUGCUGGUAGAUCCACUGAGUACAUACCUAGGGAUUUGCCCACAGAUGAGGGUCCUUCAGCCUCAGCACACAAUCUAAGCAGGUUGCCAGCAAAGGGGCUGUAUAAGGUCCAUCUUCAAAAACGAAUAAGAAAAAGUGACAUGGAGAUGGACCUUAUACAGCUUCAAAUGGAAGAGAAAAGGCUCCUCAUUAAAAAAGCAGCACUUGAAAUAGAAUUACUUGAGAAUUGCCUUAAGGUGAGAACUUGUCUGAAUAUUAAUCUGUUGCAUGUUAAAAGUGGUCUGUCUGUCUGUCUGUGUCUGUCUCUAUCUAUCAAUCUAUCUGUAUGUAUGUAUGUAUGUAUGUAUGUAUGUAUGUGUAAAGCAAUAUAAAAAAAAACAUUUUAA